UCUUAAGUGUCUUCGAAACAAUUUCAUUUGAUCCUGCUCAGAUGGAAUUCGGGCUCAGAGAUGUUCCUUGCGAUAUUAUAAGUCUUGGUAACAUUCAAUUCACAUGCGAAGAAAUCAUUUUUGCGUUGAAAAAACUGAAGUCAUCAACAUCAACUGGCCCAGAUGGCAUUCCUGCCAUCAUACUCAAACGAUGCGCGAAUGCACUGUGUGUUCCUCUAAAGAUAAUCUUCAAUAAGUCUCUGUCGCAAGGAAUAUUUCCACAAUGCUGGAAAAAAUCGUACAUGUUCCCUGUGUUCAAGAAAGGAAAUAAGCAAGACGUAGCAAAUUACCGCGGUAUAACUUCUCUUUGUGCUGGUUCUAAGUUAUUCGAAAUUCUCGUUAGCAAUGUUCUGUUUGAAAAAACCAAAUCAUACAUAUCGACCAAUCAACAUGGUUUUUUCCCCGGUAGAUCAACAGCUACGAAUUUAGUUCAAUUUACGUCACACUGCAUCAGAAACAUUGAAGAUGGAGCACAGGUUGAUACAGUUUAUACAGACCUUAAAGCAGCGUUUGAUCGUGUUGACCAUACUCUGCUACUUGCAAAAAUUCGAAAACUAGGUGCAUCGGAAACAUUCACAUAUUGGCUCAAAUCGUAUCUUGUUGGCCGUUCACUUUCUGUUAAGCUUGGGAAUUGUGAAUCAAAUAGCUUCUCGAAUCUGUCGGGUGUGCCUCAAGGUAGCAAUCUCGGACCUAUGCUAUUUUCUUUGUUCUACAACGACAUCUGUUUUGCCUUGCCACCAGGGUGUAGGCUUGUUUAUGCAGACGAUCUCAAGCUAUUUCAUAUCAUUAGAUCUGAAGAAGACUGCAUGGCUUUACAACGACAAGUUGAUGUCUUCAGCGACUGGUGUACGCGUAACCGAUUGACGCUUAGUAUAUCGAAAUGCUCCGUUAUUUCAUUCACACGCAAGAAAGAACCUAUUCUCUGGAGAUACACUAUUUUUGGAGAAUUCCUUGAGAGAGUAUCAAUUGUAAGGGACUUAGGUGUAGUACUUGAUUCUCAGCUGUCGUUCAGAGACCACUACUCCCAUAUCAUUGCACAAGCUAACCGGAAUUUUGGAUUUAUCUUUAAAAUAGCAAAAGAAUUCAGUGACCCUUACUGUCUCAGAUCAUUGUAUUUCACCCUUGUCCGAUCUGUUCUUGAAGCUUCAUCGGUAAUAUGGUGUCCUUACGUGGACGUUUGGAUUAACCGAAUUGAAUCAAUACAAGCUAAAUUCCUCCGCUACGCCCUCAGAUCUUUACCUUGGCGCAACCCGACAGAAUUACCACCUUAUACUGAUCGUUGUCGAUUACUGGGUAUGGACACACUUUCAAAAAGGAGAAAUAUUUCCAGAGCUGUAUUUAUAGGAAAACUAUUGAUGGGACAAAUUGACGCUCCUAAUAUCCUUUCUCAAGUAAAUAUCAAUGUACUACCUAGAACUUUAAGAUCGCGGAACUUUUUAAGACUUGACUAUCAACGUACUGACUAUGAACAAAACGAACCCAUUAGGGAAAUGUGUAAUAGUUUUAAUAGUGCUUAUGAAUCCAACGGGAGUCGUUUGUCACCAGAUCAACGAUCACUGGGAUGCAGCGCCACUGGUAUUAUGGAAGCCUCUGAUCCCCCCGCCACAGUCGAGCCACUGCAGCCAGCGUUCGUCAGCCGUCCCAGUCCUGUGUGUGGGAGUGGGGACGAGGUCUUCCAAAUCGAUUUUAUAGGCAAGUACGCUCCCGUUAUGGAUGUUUCAAGCACUGAAAUUUUACUCGCUUCCAGCUCUAUGGCGGCGAAUCAGUCAUGUCUUUCGAGUAUCCGGGUAUACUACCAAAACGUUGGUGGUAUGAAUGCAUGCAUUGAUGAGUAUUUGUUGGCGUGCUCGGAUGAAUGUUUCGACGUGAUAGCUUUUACGGAGACCUGGCUUAACGAUUGCACCCUGUCUGUGCAAGUCCUCGGUGAAAACUAUGAAGUUUUCCGAACGGAUCGUAGUUCCAGCAACAGUACGAAGAGUACUGGUGGCGGCGUACUUGUUGGUGUUCAUCGUCGUCUAAAAGCACAACUAAUCCAAUGUACCAGUGGUAGUUGCGUUGAACAGGUAUGGGUACAAAUUAAGUUGGCUAGUUAUUCAACUUUUUUCUGUGCGGUUUAUUUUCCGCCGGACCGUACUCGUGACCUGCCGUUGAUCGAUGCCCAUCUUUUGUCCCUCGAAGAGAUAUGCUCUUACGCUUGUCCUGUCGACGAAAUAUUAAUCGUUGGGGAUUUUAAUUUUCCCAAUCUAAAAUGGCAACCAGCUUCGAACGGCUUUCUUUUCGCGGAUCCUUCGCAGUCAUCUUUUCAUGCUGGCAGUAUCAGUUUGCUUGAUCGUUACAGCACAAAUCUGAUGCGCCAAUUCAACCACGUGACGAAUGAAAACAAUAAAAUACUGGAUCUUUGUUUUUCGAGUAAAUCCGAUUCCGCUCCCAAGAUUGCUGCUGCACCCGUUCCUAUGGUGAAAUAUCAACCAUUAGUCAGCGUCAACGCUUCCAUCAACACCUACUUUCUGCAGCAGGAUUUCACACCAUCGUCACCAGCUUAUCAGUUGGAUCGCUUCGCGCCAGACACUGCCGUUUCACUUCGGGAACGGUGGUGGAAAUUAUCUUUCGUCUCACGAAGUGUGACGAGUCACACUUCCAUACUACGCGCGGAUAAGAAUCUGUCUGGCAGCGAAAAACAACCGAAAAGAAAAACAUAG